AUUUGCCAUUGUGAAUGUCCUACAAAAUAUAAGAUUUAUGUUGGCUGCCUCCCAAUAAUGACUCACUGCACUGAACAGUAUUUGCAGACAUGGUGGCAUUUCAUUAUCCUUUCAAAAAUCAACCUCUGAACUUUAAUUUUAAUGCCUUUUACGUUCAGACAUGGAUGUAACUUGCCGAAUUUAGCGUACAUCUGAGUAUCAAUGACCUUAAUUUUUCCAAUUAAGUUUUAAAACGCGUUUGCUCACUGUGUGUAUAAAAAGUCAAUGGACUAACUCAGCACUGAGACAGACAUGUUAUAAGUUUUAUUAUUUUGCUUAAGCCAAUGUUGAGAAUACAACACUGCUUGAUUUUAGGUGCAGCAUUGCUGACACAUUCAGUGUACGACUCAAUUUGUUACAAUGGAUUACUUUAUUGAGGGUCUUGCACUGGGCUUCGACGCAAUUGCAUUUGGAUUAGUCUACCACUCAUACAGAUUCAAAAAGUCCGCCAUCAAGUCAAUCGAAAAUGUCCAGUUCGUUGAGGUUGAUCAGAAACUCGUUGAUCAUGUUGCCAGUGAACCUAGCAAGAAGUUAGAUUAUGUUGUUGUACGAGGCAAAGUGAUAGCUUUAAGUAGUCCAAUACGCAGUAUUAAUGCAUGGAAUACCUAUGGUGUUGUCCAGAAGUUAACCACCAGAGAACACCUAGUUACUCGACACAAUUUUGUUGGAUUUUGGAGUGAACGUGAAAGAACUAUCCAAGAGGUUUACAAUUCAAUUCCAUUUGCUCUCCGGAGUGGAAGUGUUGAUAUUGAGGUAGCAGAUGCCCUCUCUGCCCAUUGCUUAGACCUUGAAACAAUUUCUGAUGUGUAUGAGCCGAUUUCAAUAAGUUUAUGGGACUAUAUUUGGGGUUUUUUUACUGGUAUUAGACCACAAGGGUUGCAGAAGACAGAGGAAAUGGUAAGAGAGGGUGUUCUUCUUACCGGUAUUGGAGAACUUGCCCUAUCAGAAGACAAGGCUACAUUGAGAUUACAGCCCUCUCAAGAUGGGUUACCAUUCUUUCUGACAUCCCUGCCCCUUAAUACUCUCACAAAGAGACUGGAAGGUGAAAAACAGACUCUAAAGUAUUUGAGUAUUGUUUUUGGAAUCAUAGGUGUAGGAAUAAUGGGUAUGAUGGCACAUCGCUGGUAUAGAAAUAGGUUGGCUAAAAAAUUAGAAGAGGAAGAGCACCUCAGGUUGGAAAAGGCUCGUAAGGAAAGAAGGCAACGAGCUCGAUCUAACAACCAUGAAUAUUCAGACAAUGAACUCUGUGUCGUGUGUAGAGAGAAUCCCAAGGAAAUUAUACUCCUUCCCUGUGGUCAUGUGUGCAUAUGUGAGGACUGCAGUAAUGAUGUUACUAAUCUCUGUCCCGUAUGUCGAGCUGAAAUUCUAUCUCGAAACCCUGCAUACAUUUCUUAAAUCUGGGUCUUGUUGAUUGUUUUAAAAUGUUAUCUUUUGAUUGAGGAACCAAACUAUUUGAGCUCUUAGAGAAAUGAGAGAAAUGUUUAGAUUCCUUCAAAUUUUAAUUAUGUUGCACCCUUAUUUUUAAAAGAUUCUUUAUGGGGUUUUAUACUAUUAAUCUACAUAGGCAGUGGCGGAUUUAGGAUUUAUUUGACUUAUCUUUUUAUAAUCCAGUUUGUUUUUUGUUUGUAAAAUGUGUCAGUUGUAUGUAGAUAAAGUUACACCUUCAAUUGCCAAUAAAAAAAUCAUCUUCAGCAUGUUAAAACUAAAAAUCACAGAUAA